GUUUGCAUCAGAUUUCUCGCCACAGCGGUGCGCGGGGAGCACGGGGAAAGAGCAAGCCGUGGAGCUGUGACAGUCAUCCAGUCUUAAUUCGACGAGCUUAGUAUAUACCAGGUACUUAAAAGCCGCCGACGGUUGAGAUUCCUGGAGACCUUCCGCGCCACCUCUUAUCAAUCUGGAAUCGAAAACCCACCAAAUAUGAGCGCACACCCACUGUUUCCUAGACAUGGCGAUGCCGCGUCCACGGACACACACUCGGGCAUGACGAUGGACAUGGGCGGCGACUCGUCCAUGUCGUCAUCGCCCAUGAUGAUGUCAGUCUUCCAGAACUCGAUGUCCACCGCGCUUUUCUCGUCACGAUGGACGCCCCAUAGCACAGGCACCUACGCGGGCACGUGCAUCUUCCUCAUCAUCCUAGCCGUCAUCUUCCGCGGCCUGCUGGCCUUCAAGUCGUGGCAGGAAACCAGGUGGCUGGACAAGGAGCUCAACCGGCGAUACGUCGUCGUCAACGGCAGGGGCACGCUGGCCGAGAACCUCAGCCGGGAUUCGCUGGCCAAGGGCGCCAUGGUGGUGAGCGAGAACGGCGUGGAGGAAAACGUGUUGCUGGUGAGGAGGCGGACGCCAUGUGCGCGCCCGUGGAGGCUGAGCGUCGAUCCGUUGCGCGCCGUGAUCGAUACUGUUAUUGCUGGCGUGGGAUAUCUUCUGAUGUUGGCGGUUAUGACCAUGAAUGUCGGCUACUUCCUAUCGGUCCUCGGCGGCACUUUUCUGGGGAGCCUUCUUGUGGGAAGGUUUAUCUCAUUGAGCGAACAUUAAUUGCAACCUUCGAGCGCACAGAGGGCACACAGCCGAUUCUUUAGCAUACGCGUGCGCAAUCGGCUUGGAAUUAUGAUGGGUAUGACGGGGCUUGGGCGUUUAUGGGUACAGGUCGGAAGGGGUUUCUUCUUGGAUAUCGGGUUUCGCGGCGCGGUAGC